AUGGAUAACUUUCGACCUAAAGGCUAUUCGCGUCUCGACUUUGGCGGUCCAAGACCCCAUGACGCUAUUACUGAAAUCGAGCUACAGCAUCCCCGAAAUGCACCGGAAUUGACGACGGCUGAGCCCUCUCAAAGUUCUGCCCUGCUCAUCUCUCCGAACAUUUCAGGGCCUAGAGAGUUGGGGCGUCGGACAAAUACACGAUGGGAUCCGUUAUUCUUGAGGCGUUGGAUACUGAUUGCCUUUGCUCUCUUUUCCGCUGCUGUCAUUGCUGCUCUGCAAGUAGUUUACACUGUCUCGCAAAAUAACCAUGGAAUCGCUACGAGUAGCGACAGCGACCAUUAUCUGUGGACUUACGGGCCAACAGCUGUGUUUGUGGUUGUCACUGUUCUCUGGCGUCAGGUUGACUAUGCUGCAAAGUCAAUCCAGCCAUGGGCGGAAAUGGCCAAAGGCCCUCAACGAGCAGAGCACAGUCUUCUUCUGGAUUAUGUUACGCCGCUCCAAGUCUCGUCGUUCUGGAAAUCUGUGCGACGCGGCCACUUCGCCGUCUCAUCCAGCAUCGUUGUCUUCCUCCUCAUCAAAGUCAUAACUGUCUUGAGUACUGGUAUGUUCAGCCUCCAGUCGGUCCGGAAGAACGGAGUGCCCACCUCAAUGGCAAUAAAUAAUACAUUUGACGGUACGCGCUUUCACGACGCAGAAUCGGUGGACUCGAGGGCUGCAUAUGUCGCCUACGGCCACAAGGCCUAUAAUAUCAGUCUCCCUGUUGGUACGACUGAUCAGUAUGCUGUUCAAAGUUUUUACCCCGGCGACGGAUUCGUUAACGGCAGUCUAACAUAUUCUGCCGCGGUCGAUGUUUUCAACGCCAAUCUCAGUUGCGAAUCUGGGGUACUCAAGCACACCACGGCUUUUGACGAACUUUCCACCGCUCCGAUAGCCGCAUACUACAACACUUCGGUGACACUUCCAGGCUGCCAAAUAUUCAACGCAUACCUUGAUGCCCCCAAUUGGUUCUACAUGCAAAAUGACACUACUCACCAAUUUGGCUAUCGAGCAUCAUUCCAGAAUGUGACCUGCUCAAACCUCGCAAUAGAUGAUCCUACAAGGUAUCGGUACAUGAUUGCGGCUACAUAUUCAGAGGGCUUCAGUCAGGACAACAACACUAUGCUGAACUCGUCCAACAUCGUCUGCGUUCCAUCCUACUCCGUUCAGUCGGCAAUGGUCACGCUCGACACACAGGGAAACGUCAAAUCCGUCAAUUUGACCGGAAAACCACGUCGCCUCAAUAAUCUCAGCGCCGUUGACAUUGCUGAUGGAGUUCUGGCAACCACGCAGCAAGCCUCUGCAAUUUCUACUUCGACGUCAUACGACGUGGCGUUGGAUGUCUUUACGACCAUGAUGCAGCAGGAUACAGUCAAUUUCAAGGCCGAGGAUCUCCUUGAUACUACUUAUCUUAAUUCCACUGCUAACAGAAUAUACGGACAAAUUGCGGCGCAGCUCGCGAACCUUUAUUUGCUUUCUGACAGCUCCAAAAAUGCAGCGCCGGUCAUAGACGGGACAAUCUCAAAAGACGAGAACCGUCUCAUCGCCAGGCAGAUUCCAAUCAGGAUCAUGCAAGCUGUCGCCGCAGUGAUGAUCCUGCUCAUUGUCGUCAUCUUGUUUGUUCGCCCAAGAGGCGUAGUGCCAAGGAGUGUCGACUCCAUAGCUGCAGUUGCUGCCAUUCUCGCCCGGAGCCCAGCGCUAGAGGCCCGUCUUCGAGGUACUGGCCACCAGAGCUUGAGUGAGCUUCGCGAGACUCUCGCUCCGCACAGGUUCAUGACCGCCACUGGUUACGAAGACGGAGCCCGAACCUUCUCGAUUCGAAUGUUCACCCAGGUCCAGUCAGGUUUACAUGGAUCGCCGGACCGCGGUAUCUUGGUUCCUCAGAACAUCAAAUGGACUCGACCUUUCAUUCUGCGAAGGAUUGGCAUGUCGCUCACUAUCCUGGCGUCGAUCGCUGCGAUAAUCGCUCUGGAAACCCUUCUGUCUCAAUCACGAGCACAUGACGGCCUCGGGACGGUGAAUGACGAUAGCGCAACAAGAUAUUCAUGGUUGUAUGUGCCAGUUUUGAUCUUUCUCCUGCUCGCAACACUCUUCAACAUCAUGGACUUUGAGAUAGAGUUCACCGAGUCUUUCCACGCCCUAGCAAAGGCUGAUUGUGAAGCAAAAUCUUCGAUGCUUUGGUACCCACUGAGGCACAUCUCUCUACACGCCACCUACAACGGUCUUAGACACAGCCGGUUUGCCUUGACCGCAGCAUCUGUCUCGGCCGUUCUUGCUCCGCUUCUGACCAUUAUUGUAUCGGGCCUAUUCACGACCCAGGCAACCACGCAAGGCAUAGCCGUUCAGGCGAAUGCUUUGGACUGGUUCAACACCACCACGUUGGCCGAUACUUCCACGAACGUCCCACUCCUCGUCAUUGAAGGUAACAUGUCAUAUCCCCAGUGGACCUAUUCCGAGCUUGCGGUGCCCCAGCUUAGUCUUGUUGGCGAUGAUGCAGACCAGCUGCUUCGCCAAGGUGGAGCUCUUUCCGUCGACACGCCCGCGGUCCGAGGGGCGGUAGCGUGCAAUGUUGUCCCCGAGGAUCGAAUCAUGAAUACCGCCAUUUCAAACGGUCAGCUCUCUUCCAAUAUCAGCACGCCGGAUCUCUGUGGAAACACCGGUUCUAUCAGUGAAGGAAAUACAUGGCUCUUCAGCUCUAUGGAGGUCCCAGUGAAUGCUCCCGGGUAUUUUAGUUCGAAUUUGGUCUUGGGUUUUCUUGACACUUGCCCUACGCUUGCCUUGUACUACGGUCAUGUCACCGACAACAAAAUUGACCACUUUAUACCGGUCUUGUGCACGCAAUAUCUCGAACGGGUACAAGCGAACGUGACCUUCAAUCUUCCUGAUUUCUCAAUCUCUACUGAUCCGGUGGUGCACCCAAACUCGGCAGUCAACUUUUCCAGAUUCUAUACUGGAUUUCCCGCGCUGCAGGUCUUGAACAUCUCCUCGACAGCCGACAAGCUUGACGACACUUUUAACGCCAUGGUUUAUGGCAAGGAUGGAACCCCGACGAACGAGCUGUUGGACGAGAGCACAUUGAUCGCAUCCUACACGCACUUGUAUCGCCAGUACAUGGCUCAAGUCGUCAACAGCUUCCUCCGCGCAGAUUUCUCUACUCUAUCCACCAACGCGACGGAGACCGUGGUCAAUCCUCUGCAGGCGUCUUACAUCAAUCCCCGUCAUUUCCGUCUCGUGCAGUCGCCUCUCUCCACGCAUCUACUAGUGGGUGUUGUCGGGGCAUUGUUGAUCUGUGCGCUCGUGGUCUUCAUCACGAUUGAUAUGCGCAAUGUUCUGCCCAAGCCCGUCGGCAGCAUCGCUGCCGUGGCGAGCUUGCUGGCAGGUUCCCGCAUCGUGGACCCGAAAUCUGGCAUGGUCCCUCCGGGUUCCGAAUACUGGUCAGACGACGAAUGGGAGAAGAGUGGCGUCUGGCAGAGCGAGAUGUUCAGGAUGGGUUGGUGGAAUAAAUUCCAGGAACCGGGCGACUCGUGGAGAGGAAGACAGAACGGGAUCACCAUGGGACCAGGUGAGGGUCAAAUCCAUGAUUUCAGCCACGGGGACAGCCUAGAACUUCCCGCUUCCUUCCGAAUUGAUGCGCGCCCGAAAGUCGGGUGA